AUGGUGCCGUACAAGAGAGCAGCAGGAGACAAGUCAGGAGUGCCAGUUUACCAGCCAUCAGCAACGUACCAGCAGCUUCUGCAGCCAUUUGUCCCGGUCUCAUGUGAGUACCGCCCUCCCCUAGCGGCCGCUUUCACUGGGGUCGCACUCAACAAAGCGCCCCCGAAGCCUUAUCUGCCAUACCUUAUCCGACCUCCUACAACCCAACCACCACCACCCCCUCAGCCUACACCAAUUAUCACUGAUCUUCUCUCCGUACAAUUCCCUACUUCAAAUGUCAACAAUAACAAUGAUGAUGAACUCCAACCGUAUAAAAAAAUGAAAACAACGUAA